UUUUCUUUCUUAUGUUUGCGUAUAGCGUAAUGAGCAGCAGGGGCGUGCGAACCAGUGGUCGAUAAGAGAGGGUGCACCAACCCCUUGGUGGACAGCACGCACCACCCUCAGUCAGUCUGCAUCAGGGCUAGCGGCCAUAGGCACCUGCUGCUGAUCGACGCGCAGUUCACGUCAGUUUGGGGAAAAGCGCGUAGCGUGUGUUUGUUUGCACAUAUUGGAUUUGUUGGACCGGGAGUUUACGUUUCGCCUCACGCCUGGUCAGCCAGCAUAUUCAAAUUACCUCUGCCAUCUGAAGCAGGAAUGGUCCUGCAAGACGACGAACUGGAGCUGGAAACGGCAACUCCAGGCGAUUCUGACAGUCCGCUGGCCGACAGCACUGCCCCGUCGCCUACCCCCUCCGCGCAAACCACCGAGGAGGUGAAGGAGAUACUGUCUGAAAAUGACAUCAAUGACCCAGUACAAACUGAGGAGGAAACCUUGCCGGGAAUGAUUCCGAAUGAUCCACAGGACUCAGCAGAAGCUGCAGCAGAUAUGGCUGCAAUGCCAUUAGAAGAACCUGAAGAGCCAGCAGCUGUAAGCGAAGAAGUGGUCCCACAAGAACCCGAGGAGGCUCCAGAAAUGGAAAGCAUGCCGCAGCCUGAGGAGCCUGAAGAGUUGGACCAACCUGAGGAGCCGGUAGAGGAAACAUUGGUCAAGGAAAUCAUUGGCAAGGCGGAAGGAGUUGUUGAAGAGGUGCAAACUGGAGCCAAGAACACUAUCCAAGCAAUUGGAGGGAAAAUUACGGAAUUCAUUGGUGGCAAUAUAAGGAAAGUUAAGUCACUGCUGCAUUUGAAUGAAAAAAUGCCAGAAGAAGAAGGCAUGCUGAGUGAUCAGGCAAAGGCAAUCUCCAGUAGCACGGGGAACAUUUUUUCAGCAGUGAAAAAGUCUAAGACUUGCACAAUUUUGUAAACAAGUUUUCCCUAGACGAGGAGAUUCAUUCCAGCGGGAAAUUUUAUAAACGAUCUCUAUAUGUUUUGUAAAUAUUUAUGUAACAUUCAGCUAAACAUUUCCAUGUUCACUUAAUCAUCAUGGCAAAUAAAAAACUAUCACAGCACUA